AUGCCGCUUAAUGUGCGGUCAUUAUCAUCCGGAUUUUAUGUGUUAUUAGGCAUCAUCAUUGGAUUUUCUCUAUCAUUUCUAUCUCUAUCUGGUAAUUAUAUGAUAAGUUCACCGAUAGCUCGACUAGUAACUAAGCAAAAUCCUGAACGAAUUUCCGGGCGCUCUGAUGAUGCACAUAAUGAAUGGGAAGUUAACGACAGUAAUGCACCAACUGCUCCAAUGUAUUUUCAUGGAAAUGGAACCAGCCUACAUGACGAUGAUAAUUCUGUGGCAAAAUUAUUGGAAUCAAAAGUACGAAUAUUCUGUUGGAUAUUAACGGGAAAACAGAAUCAUGAGAAGAGAGCGAGACACGUGAAAGCAACGUGGAGUCGACGUUGUUCAAAGUAUAUAUUUAUGUCUUCCGAAACAGAUCCAUCCUUACCGUCGAUAAAUUUGAACAUAUCAGAAGGUCGUGAACAUUUAUGGGCCAAGACGAAAGCAGCAUUUAAAUAUUUGCAUGAUUUUUACCUUGACGAUUAUGAUUGGUUUAUGAAGGCAGACGAUGAUACUUAUGUUAUUGUGGAGAAUUUGAGAUUUAUGCUUUUGGCACAUGAUCCAAGUGAACCGGUUUGGUUUGGUUGUAAAUUUAAACCCUUCACAAAGCAAGGUUAUAUGAGUGGUGGAGCUGGUUAUGUGCUUUCUAGAGCAGCUCUUAAAAAAUUUGUCACCGAAGCACUUCCAGAUCCCAACAAGUGUAAGAAAAGUGAAGCUGGUGCGGAAGAUGCAGAAAUUGGAAAAUGUUUGGAAAAAGUUGGCGUAAAAGCAGGAGAUUCGAGAGAUGCUGAGGGCCAUCACAGGUUUCUACCAUUUGUACCAGCCCAUCAUUUGACACCAGGACAUGUAGAUAAAAAUUUCUGGUUCUGGAAAUACACAUAUUACCCUAUAGAACAGGGUCCAGAAUGUUGUAGUGAUUAUGCAAUAUCGUUUCAUUAUGUAAAUCCUUCAUUGAUGUACGUUUUGGAAUAUCUUGUUUAUCAUCUGCGACCUUUCGGCAUUACAAAAAGAUUAAAUUCACAGUCCAUGGUAGCUGCAUAUCAUUUGGCGGUGAACAAUAUGGGCCCAGAUGAUGUGUUCAGGAAAGUACUUACUCCAAAUGAAUCGCAGGAUUCAAACAUUCUGUCAAAAUCAUCACAGAAAGUGGAAACUGUGAUGGCGAAAAAAGCAAAUAGAUUAUGA